AUUAUGACAUACCUACUUGGGCAAUGUUAGCGCAACUGCAACGAAUGCAAAUGUCAGUGAUCAGUGAUUGGUCCGUCUCGUUGCUUAGCAUCGCAGUUUGCUCGAAAUUUUCAUGUUAGCUUGUCGACACAUAGCCGCUUAGCCGACUUGCCAGAUGCAAGCCGGCUUGCGCACACAGUCGGCAUCGUUCUCGGCAGGCGCAACCCUUCCGCCGUUCGUUUGCCCGGUUGUUUCCUUUGCUAGCGUACAUCAUCAUAUAGCUAGCACUCCGCCAUUAUUCGACGGCCUUGCGUGCUUUGGGCGACAGCGACACGGCGCCCGAGCAGUAACGGUAGCAGCUGCCGAGGGCGGGGGCACUGGCGGAGGCAGUGGGGCGGCUGGCCGUGGGGGCGGCGGAGGCAGCCAUGGUGACGGCGGUGAUAAUAACGGCAGCGGCAAUCAACGCCCGGGACGCCGGCGAUGGGGCCUGCCUGCGCUCCUGGGCGCCGGGGCCUUUUGCUACCUGGGCGGGUUGUGGGUCGUCGCCAGCGUGUGGGACGCCUGGCUUGAUGCGACCAGCCCGCGUGUGGACAUGUCGGCCGCAAGCGUCAGCGUCAUUAUCCCGGCCAUAAACGAGGAGCGUGUGAUCGGCGACACGGUGCGGCAGGUGCUGCGUGAGUGGGACCCGCCGCCGCUGGAGGUCAUUGUGGCGGACGGCGGCAGCACGGACGGGACGGUGGAGGCCGCACGCAAGGCAGGCGCGAGGAUUGUGCGCUGCGGCCGCGGGCGCGGGCUGCAGAUGAAUGCCGGCGCGGCGGCGGCGGCCGGCCAGCUCCUGUUGUUCCUACACGCGGACACUCUGCUUCCAGUAGACGCAGUUGCGUGCGUACGAGAAGACUUCUCAAUACCGCGGACCGUGCUGGUUGGCUUCCAGCCGCUUAUAAUAGACGGCGGGCGGCCCAUGUGGUUUAGCACCUUCAACAACUGGGCCAAGACGUACUACGGACCCAUGCUGCUGCGGCCUGCCAGCUACGUGCGCGGCCUGAGGAUCAUGUUUGGCGACCAGGGCCUGUGCUGCCGCGCCGCCGACUUCCGCGCUGUGGGCUGCUACCGCGCCGCCCUGCCGCUCAUGGAGGACGCCGAGCUGUGCCUGGACCUCCACAAUGCCGGGCCACUGCAGGGCCACGGCCACAGCCGCAGCGGCAGCGGCUGCGGCGCCCGCGGGCGUGUGCGCAUGCGGCAGGACCGGGCCGCCGCCACCAGCGGCCGGCGCAUCGCGGCCUGGGGCGAGCUGCGAGCCAACUGCAUCUUCGCCUACAUCGCGUUGUUGUGGCUGGGGGGCGCCGCGCCGGAGGAGCUGCGCGCUGUGCAGAGGCGCCUGUAUCACGACAUCCGGUAGGCGGUAGAGAUUGUGUGUGCGGCUCGAGGGUGGCAGCGCGGAGGCAGGAUAGCAGGACGGAUGUGGCGCCGGAGGACGGGGACAUAGGAUGUGUAUGAUGCGGACGGUGGGUGGUGCGCCUCCUUGCAGCUGUGUCGGGGUGUGGUGGGCCUGGCAUGGGACCGGACGCAGUGCGGCGUGAAGUUCUGAGAACAGGACGCGGCAUGCGGGCGUGGCGUGCGUUGUGGUCGACGCGCGCGCAGUCUUGCUGCUGGGCAUUGAUGGCUCAUGGCGUGAUUGGCGUGCAGCUGUGUGGUUUGCGUGCGCUUUUGCAAAGGGUGUUUACGUAUACCGUACUCUGCAGCUGGUGCCUUUUGUGAGUGGAUCAAAAAUGUCAAGUGUGAAGCGGGAGCUGGCUCGAGCGGCCCCUGCCGCUUGGAUCACGAUGCGGCCAGCGGCUAAGGAUGUGAUGCUGACUCUGCGACUCUGGGCAUGAGCAACCAGCUCGCAACCGCUCGCAAACGCGACUGAGGGUGCGUGGCCGACUCCGCGCCGUCCUGUGAGACAACUAUUCUUAUUUCCUUGUUGUUUAUCCGAAUGGCCGCCACUACAUGAACCCAAUGUGUGCGACUUCAUGGGUCCCGCGCUGCGCUGCAGUUAGUGCAAUUCCGUGAUGGAGUGCGCGCUGCUCUUUAUGACUGGUCACGACGCCAGUGCAUCAACUCUAGUCUUAGGCUUAUUACAUGUUUGAAUAAUAGACUCCAUGGGUACCGCACUGCGCGCCUGCCUGUGUAGUAUUGCGCGCGGGCGUCGCCUCGACGGAUGUAGCUGGCUCGCUAGCUCCAAUUUAACAUAGUAGUCGACUUCUUUUCGGCGGUGCUUAGGCCUGGCAUGCCGGCUUGGUGGUCAGCUUGCUUUGGUUUGGGGGCAAAAGCUCGCGGUGACCAUGACGCAGACCGUCAGAAUGUACAUGGCGGAGCGUAUAAUCGAGACAACAA